CCUUAAUUGCUGAAGUUGUACUCAGUCAUAAUUGUCGCUUUGGAUAAAAGCGUCAGGUAAAUGUAAAUGUUAUUCUGACUUGAGAAUCACCGAAUUUUGCGCUUAUGGAACUAACUACUUCCAAACUGGCCGGGAUUUCAAGGUUAUAAUUACAUUAUUUCUUGUAAAUAGAAUUUAAAUAAAUUAACAACUUUAAUAUAUUUCACUACUUCAGCAACACCUAAUGAUUUAAGUAGCUAAUUUGACCGUAAGUCUACGCCCGAUCGGCAAAAAUAUAAAAAUAAAUACAUUUCCCGUCGGCCCCCAGUUUCCGGCUACAUGUCAGAUUACCUUCCUGGCCAUUCUCAAGGAUUAUACUAUCUAAGGUGGACAAAUAGGAAAACCAACUACCUACCUAGCAUCUUGCAGGAAAGGGUACGUUUGGUUGUGCAAUAGCACCACAUACAGUGUUUACAUCGCAAUUCUAGAGUACAUUACAAUGUUAACUUCGGUAUUUGUUAGUCUGCGAGCUACUGUUAAUUUGACAGUUUGUAUCAGCAUAGCCCUUUGUUAAAAAAGCAAUUUAGCAACCACGGUCACGAUAAUAAAACUGUUGAGCUGUUUAUCAUGUUUGAGUACCCGCAGCAAUAUGUCAGUGGGACUCACUGGGUAGGUUAUGGGCUCGACCUGUAUCGAGCUCUUACUCUAGUUUUACUUUCCACAGCACGAUGCCAGAGGGUCCAGAGCUUCACUUGGCCAGCCUAUUUGUGAACAGAGUGUGUGCAGAUGUAGUUUUUACCGGAGCUGUGGAGAAAUCUGAGAUUAGCAAAGGGCCCGUGGUGCCUUUUGCCAGCGAUGCCUACUGCAUCAGUGCGGUAUCCAGAGGAAAGGAAGUCAAACUCACGCUCACAUCCGUCACUAAAAGCAAAGCAAAAGCAGAUAAAUGCCAGCUGUCGAUGGAUGUGGUCUUUCGUUUUGGAAUGUCAGGAUUUUUCCGGUUUACUACAGUGGAAGAGCUGCCAAAGCAUGCACAUUUGCGCUUCUACACCAAUGAGGACCCACAAAGAGCACUGACCUUCGUAGACGCUCGCAGAUUUGGCAGCUGGCAACCCAGUGGGUCCUGGCAGCGAGACAGAGGACCAUGCGUCAUGUCUCAGUAUGAGAGCUUCAGGGAGAAUGUUUUGUCCCGUCUUGCAGACAAGGCAUUUGAUAGGCCCAUCUGUGAAGCUCUGUUAAAUCAGAAGUACUUCAACGGGAUUGGGAACUACUUGCGAGCAGAAAUUCUGCACAGAUUAAGUAUUCCUCCUUUUAUGAAGGCAAGGACUGUGCUAGAGGAACUUGAGUUGAAAGAUGAAGAUAAGACAAUGAUUACAGAGGAAAACACAGAGAAUUCUGAGGGUGGAACAAGGAAGUCAAAGUCAGACCUCCUCUCACUCUGUCACACAGUGCCUCUGGAGGUGGUCAGCCUUGGUGGAAAGGGUUAUGACCCAGAGAAGAGAGAUUACACAGAAUUUGAAGCCUGGCUGCAGUGUUAUUAUGUGGAUGGGAUGAAUUCAGUAAGGGACCACAAUGGAAGAACUAUUUGGUUUAAGGGUGAUCCUGGGCCAAUGGUCCCUAAAGGUUUCAAAUCCCCCAAGACAAAGAGAAAAAUACAGAAGGAUGAAUAUGACUAUAAAUGUUCAAAGAAGGGUGCAAAAAUGAAACAAACUGAAAGAAUUUUAAAAAAAGAAACACUGGAAAAGGAGCCAAGGGCUGAAAAAGAAAAGGGCUAUGCAGCUAUGCAGCACAGCACACAGAAGCAGAAUACUAACAAGACUGGGUUCGAGUCGAAAAUAGCCCAUAAGAUAAAGCAUGCAGAAAGAGCAGCUCAACGGAGAGGGCUGCAGAAGAGCAGAACUAAAAUCACAAGAGUAGCGUGUGGACUGGAAGGCAAGCAUUAAAGCCAAAGGCAUCACCAAACCUCAAAAGAAGACCAACACUGCAACCUAGGAUCAUUUCUUACCAUCAGUGACCAUGACCAUAUCAAGAUAUUUGCAAGCAUUUAUAUGUAUGUAAAUAUUACAUUUGCAGAGCCUAAGCAAAGGUGUUGCUGUGCAGGAUGAGAAAUCUUUCCAUAAGGCUGAUAAACUACCGGAGAUGUAUUUAAAACUUUCUAUAUUUUAUGAAAGGAGGAAAAAUAAAAGUUUGGUUUAUAAAGCCUUUCUCCUGUUUU